AUGUCUAUAAAUCACCACCACCUCCAUCACCAUCACCACCUCCACCUUAGUGUCUAUAAGUCACCUCCACCGCAUCUCCCUCUCCACCACCUCCUUACGUCUAUAAGUCUCCCCCACCACCCGUCUCCAUCACCACCACCUCCCUAUGUUUACAAAAUCACCUCCUCACCGUCCCCCUCUCCACCACCUCCCUAUGUCUAUAAAUCACCACCACCUCCAUCCCCGUCUCCUCCCCCUCCUUAUAUCUAUAAAUCACCACCUCCACCAUCUCUAUCACCACCUACUCCAUAUAUUUACAAAUCUCCACCUCCACCAUCUCCAUCACCUCCUCCACUUUAUUAUUAUAAGUCACCUCCACCCCCCUUACGGUCACCACCACCUCCUUACUAUUACAGGUCCCCUCCACCUCCAUUGAAAUCUCCACCACCACCAUAUUAUUAUAAAUCUCCACCACCACCAUCUCCAUUACCACCAACUACCUAUUACUACAAAUCACCACCUCCACCAUACAAACAUCAUCCACACUAG